AUGGAAGACAUCUGUUACUUUCUAAUUGGCAAAAUCGGCGGUGGUAAGGACCAUGCACGAUCAAUCCUCCCAACGUAUCCAUGCUUGCAGCCUUCAGAUACUACCUCGUUUCGCAUCUCGCUCUCGAAGUACCUCGAAGCAUUACGACAUAGUAGCAUAUAUCCAAGCCAUGCAGAGAACAAAGCUAAGAGUAGCGAAGGCAAGCGAUUAUCACCAGGCUCGGCCAUAUCGGGGGCAGCCUGGUGGUGGAAGGACGUCGUUGUCCGUCGUUCCUUACUAGAGGAGUGCUGUGGAAACCGGUUUGAACGGUUGAUUCUGGCCCUAUCGACGCAUGCGCUUCUCAAGUGUACUCUCGGGUCCCGCUCAAGCUCACCGCCGGAACAAUUGGAUAGUUCCAGACACCUCGUAUGA